UAACAUGGCAAGACAGGCAGACUAUAUUCCUUGAAAAUGUGCAGUAUGCACACAGAACAUAGACUGAUCUCCAGCCACCCGGAACACCUUGGAACGCAGAAGAUCCAGAGAUAUGAAAGACAUAUUGCAAAUUAUUGCACUUCUCUUGGGUUUUUUGGGGUGUGGGUUUGCUGUAUUAUCAUUACUUAGUCACUACUGGAAAGUGUCUUCAGAUGACGAUAGUGUUAUCAUCACAUCCAGCAUCUUUGAGAACCUCUGGAUGUCCUGUGCAGAUGAUUCCACGGGUACUUUCAAUUGUUGGGAUUUCCAGUCCAUGCUCGCGUUACCAGGUUUAAUCCAAGCAUGCCGUGCAUUAAUGAUCACAUCCAUUGUGCUAGGUGCAUUCGGGCUGGUGGCAACUCUAGUGGGUAUGCAGUGUUCCAAGAUAGGAGGGGAGAAUUACAUAAUGAAGGGUCGUAUCGCUGGGGCUGGAGGUGUCUUCUUCAUACUGCAAGGUCUGUGCACGAUGAUUGCAGUGUCUUGGUAUGCUUUCAAUAUCACUCAGGAAUUCUUUGACCCGCUUUAUCCAGGAAUAAAGUAUGAAAUCGGAGAAGGGCUGUACAUUGGUUGGAGUUCAGCCAUAAUGGCUUUAUGUGGCGGCAGCUGUUUGCUGUUUUCCUGUGGACUGUGCAGCCGAGAGGAAAAAAAAUCACAUCUUCAGAACUUCAGAUCAUACUCCUACCAGCCUCAAUCCAGACAUAUGGUUCAAACUGCCUCUACAAUAUCCCAUGUCCCUUCCAGCCAAUAUAGACUCAAUGCAUAUGUUUAAUGCUGGGAACACACUACACCAUUUUUAAAUGAAGUUUUAUUAACUAAGUUCGGGAGGAGCACGUUCAGAUAAUUAACACGAGUGGACAGCAAUCAGCAAUCAAUGAUAAAAGGGUACAUAUAGACUCAACAGUCUUACCUCGAUCCAUUGACAGUUUGCAGCAUCCCCCCUCCACCCCUUCUCCACACUUCUAGUUCUCCACACUCCUAGUUC